GUUGUCCUUGUUUGUUGCUGUUGCUGCUGCUUGUGUUUUGCAUUUGAUCAUUUCAUUUCUAUUUUCAUACUAACUUAGUUAGUUGUCAAUAAGUUACGUCGUUUUUUCAACGAAGCCUAAUUGUAACCUAGUUAAUAUUUUAAUCGAAUUCUUUUUUGUACAUAAUGUCAGAAGAACCUUUACCCUCUGGGUGGGAAAAAAGGAUGAGCCGGUCUACUGGCCAGCAUUACUACCUGAAUGUUUACACAAAGGAAUCACAAUGGGACAGGCCUGAGAAGCCUGCUGAGCCGGUGUCCAGCAGUGGUCCAGACCAGGUACAGUGUAGUCAUCUGUUGGUCAAACACGUCAACUCAAGACGUCCGUCCUCCUGGCGAGAGGACAACAUCACACGGUCUCCCGAAGAGGCACUGCAGCAAGUCAAAUCAUACAGAGAGCAAAUAGUAAGCGGACGAGCGUCAUUUGCCGAGCUAGCCCAGAAGUACUCGGACUGCAGUUCUGCCAAGCGCGGAGGUGAUCUGGGACCCUUUGGUCAUGGCGCCAUGCAGAAGCCCUUUGAACAGGCGGCUUUUGCUCUGAAAAUCGGCGAACUCAGUGAACCUGUCCACACUGACUCCGGUGUACAUAUCAUCCUUCGAACAGCUUAGACCAAUAGUGCAAUUUCCAUUCUAAAGACUCUUAAGUAUUAUCUCAUUUCAAAAUAAAAUAUGGAUAUCAGUCGCAAA